CUAAGGCAGGCCUCGACAGGAAGCUUCACGAAUGUGCGAUUUAGCAAUGAUCUGGGAUACAUCCGAGACUCUAUCCGAACUAUCUGGUUCCUUUUGAGGCUCAACAUCCUUCGCUUCAUUUAGUUUGUUGCCCGUCGUGACCCUUGGGAUCCUUGUGAUCCUUGCGGUCGUUACUCGUACUAGCCUACUUUACUCUACUUUACUUUACCUUACUUCACUCUUAGUAUCAACGUAGACUUAUAAAAACAGCCAUCAUGGAUACUCGACCAGUUAUCGAAAAUCCUAGCGAGCACACUGCUCUUUCUGUCACCUUCAACCAUGACGCAAGUCGAUUUGUUGUCGGUUUAGACUCGGGUUUUUGCAUCUUCGUCUCAAAAGCUUGCCAGAUACAAACAACGAGAGUUUUCAACGCGGGUCUGGGUCUAGUCCAGAUGAUGGGCAAUGCGAAUUAUCUUGCUCUCGUUGGUGGCGGCCGCUCACCCAAGUUCCCACAGAACAAGGCCAUAAUAUGGGAUGAUAGCAAAGGCAAGAUAGGCCUUGAGAUCACCACUCUAACCGCUGUUCGCGGUGUUCAGAUCUCUAAGACGAGGAUCGCCGUUGUUUUACAGAAUAGCGUCCGUCUAUAUGCUUUUCAGAAGCCCCCUACGUCACUCGGCAUAUACGAGACCACGAACAAUCAUCUUGGUCUUUGCUGUCUAACAGAGAAGUAUCUGGUGUUUCCUGGUAGGACACCGGGCCAAGUCCACGUUAUACAGUUCGAAACAGGUAGCGUUAGCAUUAUUCCUGCACAUUCCUCAAAUUUGAGAGCAUUGCAACUGAGUUCGGACGGGGACCUACUUGCGACGGCAAGCGAAAAGGGCACGAUUAUUCGCAUUUUUUCUACCAGUAGGGGCGCGAAGAUUGCGGAACGACGUCGUGGUAGCGAAUCCGCUACUAUAUACUCUCUACGCUUCAGUCCGUCAGGGAACAUGCUGGCCUGCACUUCAGAUAAGGGCAGCUUGCACAUUUUUGAUGUUCCUAAUCCACGUAAUCAACAGGCCACGUCAUCUCAUCAAGUUGCUAGCGGGAGUGGCCCUAAUACCGAUGCCAGGAAUAAAUGGGGUAUUCUAGGCAACAUACCAUUUGGUCCCUUUGCUGACAUCUACUCCUUUACAUCUAUCCCCUUCGAAAUAGGGGAUGAGCCGCUUCUUCCUAGCCCCCGAAAUCAGGUGACAGGAGAGACCGUGCUGGGCACUAAUAGGCCAGUGAAAGGUGUGAUCGGCUGGGUAGAUGAAACCACUCUAAUUGUCGUUGGCGCCGGGCAAGAUGCGCGCUGGGAGAAGUUUGUUCUCAGGGAGGGUGAAAACGGCCAAUAUAUAGUUGUCAGGGAAGGCUGGAAGAGAUACCUAGGGAAUUAGGACGAGCUUGAGGAUUAUUACGAGCAUAGUCCACAGCAUAAGCUAGGUAUUUAUCUAGGGGAUCCAUUGAGGAGGCACUGAUUUGGAAUGGUCAUGGGGAAACGGCGUCGAGUAUAUGGAAUCACGG